AUGGCCGACGAUCUCGCGGGUUACCUCGCCGGCCUCGUGCUCGAAUGCGAGGACGUGCGCGGCAAGGACAAGCUGAAGGAGCUCAAGGUUGACGUGGGUGGGGACGAACCCCUGACGAUCGUGACGAACGCUUCGAACGUCGAGGCCGGGAAGCGGGUGGUGGUCGCCACGAUCGGGUCCGAGCUGAAGGACGGUGCGAAGGUUAAGAAGGCCAUGGUGGGCGGCGUGACCUCGGAGGGCAUGCUGUGCGACGGCCCCAUGCUCGGGUGGACGGGCGGUGGCGCGGGAGCCGCCGCGCUCCUCCCGGAGAGCUUCAAGCCCGGCGAGGCUCCGCCAAAGUCGAGGCCUCGUCUGGACGGGGGAGGCGCCGGCGGAGACGCGCCCGCCGCCCCGGCGGCCAAGUCCACGGGUCCCGGCGUGGACUCCCUGUUCGAGAAGAAGCUGACCAAGGAGGAGAAGAAGGCUCUGCAGGAGAAGAAAAAGGCGGAGAGGGCCGCGAAGAAAGCGGCGAAGGGGGGGCAAGACGCCGCCGAGGAGACGAAGAGUGAUGACGCAGAGUAG